CUGUUCCAAUGAGUUGAACUGGGUAGCCCCUAUAUAUACGUACUUCCCAGUAACAAAGAAACAUAAUAGACUCUGCUCACAAAAAGAAGGUAAUGGAGUCAUCACCAAAGUUGAAGCUGAAGCUCGUGGUCGACAAGAGCAAGCGAAGAGUGGUUUUUGCCGAAGCAGGAAAAGACUUUGUGGACUUCCUCUUCCACGUCCAAGCCUUACCGAUCGGGACUCUCGCGCGCAUUCUAGCCGGGAAAGCCGACUCCAUGGACGGCAGCUUAGGCAAUCUUUACAAGAGCAUUGAGGGCUUGGAGGAUAUGUACUUCAUGAUGCCCCGCCACAAGCAGAACCUCUUGAAGCCCAAGUUCCCCAACUGUGGUUCAAACAUCACAUUCCCGUUCACUCUUUUAUUGCCUAGUGAUUCACCAUCUUCAUCACGCCAACCCCACUGUUACUUGUGCCCGACUAAGGAUUGUACUUAUCGUUACUGUAAAAAGGUCACUGACGACCCUUCUGUGAAAUGUCCUUUGUGUGACUCUGUCAUGGACCGAAGAGUGGAUUUCAUCAAAUUGCCAACCGGGGAGACUGGUUACGUGAAUGAGCUGGUGAAGUAUGUGGUGAUGGAUGAUCUGGUGGUGAAACCGAUGACUAUUGACUCAUGCAUCGCCAUGUUGAAGGACAAGUCUGCAAUGUUUGAGGACAAGUUUGUUGAUUUUGGGGUGGAUGAGGGAAAAUUCCUGUUGGAGGCAUUGUUGCAGUCCAAGACAGUUCUAAGCGAUGUCUUCCUUGGCAAGAAAGGCCGAAACGAUGUUGCUACAAUCACUCCCUUGUUUUACAGACCCUAG